AUGCGGUCAUCGAUCCGUUUUCUUGGUGAAAAUCUUCGUCGAGGCAUAGUGCACUUUAAUAGCGAUCAGUCAGUAGGCAAGACGAUCUAUCUGACUCAUGUGAAAUGGGUUACUGGAAAACAUCAGCUGCAUAGUUACUUCAGUCGGUAUGGUCAAGUUCGAAGUGUGAACAUGUUCUUUGAUGCUGAUACGGGUCUGCAUCGUGGCUUCGCAUCUGUCACAUUCGAGCAUACAGAAAGUGCAACGAAGGCAAUGCAGCAUCGACCACAUGUCAUCGAUGGCGAUAGAGUAAUUUCUUUUGUACCACGCCCGAGUAAAAAUGUGAAAGAUAUUUUGGGCCUGGACGAAACAAAUACGUAA